UUUUUUUUUUUCCCCCCCCCCCCCCCCCCCCAUUUACGAACCCAGUUGUUUAUGCUACUAUAACGUUGCUACCGUAUCCUCUCGCUUCCGACUGCUAUUGCUCUGUCCGAAGAGAGAAUAUUGUAUAAACGUACUGGCCUCAUCGCUCCCUGCAUUAAGAUCUUGAAAUUCGUUCGAGUCUCCGCUGUCUCCGCCCCUAUAUUACCGGGCCCCCAUCGAGCUUCAGAAGCUAUAAGCUACUGGCUACUAUAAACGACAACUGCCAUGCCACCACCACCUCCGGAGAACGAACCCCACAAGCGGAAGCGCGAUCUUAAGGAUGACGGUGGCCAGCCCGCCCACCUCCAUCAGCUCAUCAACCACGAACCUGAACCUUCAGGCCGUCGCCUAUCGGUGCCUGUUAUGUCUCCAGCCUCCCAGCCGUACAUCAAUUUCUUACCAAGACACCACUAUGCCCAUCUGCUCGGUCUCUUGCCAGGCGAUUUAGAUACCUUCAGCGAAGUCAUCUACCUCAUUAGUGAAUACGAAGGCGUAUUGGAUCGGAGUGAAAGCCUAGCAGCGAGUCUCGGGGCCAGAUUGACAGGGCCCCGUUUCCUCAGAGGCAUCGAAAGAUUUUUCGAUGGCCCCAUCAGAACCAACUCUCCACAUCCCUUCAUGCACUCCAUUACCUGGCUGGACGUGGUCACUUUUGCCAAGGCGAAUCCCGAUGCCUUCUCCCUCGUUACCCUGCCCGAUGGCGCACGAUGCCGUCAGUUCAUGUACAAUGGGAUCCAGGUCGAGAUUGCAGAGGAUGACUGGCGCUUGAUAUACUCGGGAGCCCUGGACAAAUUCCCACUAGAGCACAUCUUUGAAGAGGACGAGGCGGCCGAGCUGGCCACGCUCGAGAUCAUGCUGCAGAGAUCCUCCCUCUUGUACAAGAAGGCGGACGAGGUUGCGGCGAGAGCCCGCCUUCUCAAUUGCAGGCUUGAAACGCGCAGAAAAGAUGUGGCUCGCCAGCUUCAGCGUCAUGGUGAAGCUUCUGCUGCUAAUGCCGUUACUGUCAGCUCUGGCUUCUGCGCCAUCAACCAUCCACCGCGUUCGGCGCCCAGCAGCUCCCACUCGCCGUCGCACGAUCUCCACGCCGAUCUUCUGCACCAGUUUGUCGUGGCUUCGAUGCAAAACCAGCCGCCGCAAGGUCCACCUCCGGGAUAUUACCAUCACCAGCAGCAUUCCGCUGUUGGCUCUGCCAUGCCCGCUAUUGCUACCGGUCUCAGUCCACUGGCAGCGCCGAUUCUUGAAGCGCCACCAUAUCAACCGCUGCCCGUCCUCACUUACCCCAACAUAGCCGAGACAACAGCAACAGCAUCAUCGCCCUCGUCCUUGGCCUCGAUUUUGGCUCCGGUCCCUGGUCUAACCCCGUCGCCGACAACGUCGGUCCCAGCAUCAUCAACUCCGGCAGCAGUUUCAGGGGCCUCAACCCCGACCUCGAACUCGCUUCCACCAGCUCCAGCUCCGACGCCAGUCCCAAUUCCUGCUCUCCCCUCGAGAAGAGCGAGAGGAAGGGCGGGAAGGGCAGGACGAGGUGGCAGACGCGGAGCAGCAGGCAAGGAUCUCGCCCCAGAGGUUCACCGGGCUCUCGUCUUGAAAAAGGCAGACACGGUAAAUAAGGGGGAUGUCAUCUUCCCCACCUGUGAUCGAUGCCGGCGUCUCCGCCUCCAGUGCGUCAAGCACCUGUCGGCCUGUCGAGGCUGCACCAAGAAGCACGCCAGAUGCAGCUGGAGAAAUGUCACAGACGAAGAAGCCGAGAUUGUGAGGCAUCAGCUAGAGAUUAUCGAGCGUGAGGCACAGAAGCAGCGAGACGAGGCCGCUGCUGCUGCUGCCGGCAAGACCGCCACACAGGCCGAGGCCAACAACAACCCGAGCGCUGGUUCUGGGCCUGCCAAUAGCGCGGCUGAUGCGAGCUCCAGUGCUGCGGCAGACUCUACGAGCCAGGUGGAGCUGGUGUCCAGACCAGCAUCAGUGUCGGCAUUGGCAUUGGCAGCAGUAGCAGCAGCAGCGUCAUCAGCCAUGGCUUCGUCUUCAUCUCCAGCUCCAGCUCCAGCUCUAGCUCCAGCUACAAUCGAGCCUCCACUAAAGCUGGUGCCCACGUCGCGGCUUACUAGAAUCGAUUCGGCUCCUCCCUCUGUGCAGAGGAAUCCCCCUCGGACGGGGCAUCUGUCAGCGAUCUUGUCGCCUCCCGACUAUGAGCCCCGGCCAUUCCACUCCCAUUGAGGCAGUAGGUCUGUAUUGCAUUGCAUACACAAGGGAGCUCAAGGAUGUAAAUUCAGUAGUAGAUACUAUUAGUAUACACUUACUAGGUAGGCUAGUACUCAAAGAGGGAUUAAUACUAGCUUUAACAAGUGGUUUUCUUUGAUGCGGCAUGGGAACUAAAUGGGUACCUUUACAAACGGUACGAACGGCUUUAUGAUAUGAUAUAGGUUACUAGGGCAGUUUGAUUAAGGAAUGCUGGGUAUAUGAUAUGCUAUCACCAAGUACAUGUAUAGUAAUAGUAAUAGCAGGUCUCUGGGCAACGAGCCAAUAGCAAUUUUUCUCUCUUUAAUAUAAUUUUUUUUCAUUCGAUAUUAUUAUUACCUAUCUAGCUAUACUCUAUACAUUAAGCUCG